AUGGCAGAUCACUCUUGGAUGCCUAGAUGGUUGCGCGCUACCUUUCCUCCACCCGCUGGAAAUACUACUGCAGAUCAGCAGCCUGAGACAACUGAAACAACUCCCGAGCAAGAACAAGACGUCGGCAGUGACGCAGACGACAGCCCAGAAGACAAGUCCAACGAUAAUGAGGAAGACAGAACUUCUACAAAUGACACGCCAGACAACAACGCGAGUACCAACGCCACUCUCGGACGCGCGAACACGUUCAUCAAGGCCAUGUACAAACACGUCGUGGACAAGGUCACCCUGUGCGCCAUGCAGGCAAAAGAUGCUGUGGCCAGUGCAAUCGAAAGGGUCAAGCAACUCGGGGUCAAGGGUGUGGCGAAAGCAGCCGGCGAGUGGAUUAAGCGGCAUCCUUGGGACUUCGCCCUAGUCGUCGUUCCGCUCGUACUGCUUGCGCUCGCAGCCAUAAUAUUAUCGGGCAUAGGCUUUGGAGCGGGUGGCAUAGUCGCUGGUAGUGCAGCAGCCGCCAUGCAAGCGGGUAUCGGCAAUGUGGUUGCAGGUUCUGUCUUCGCCACAUGCACAAGCGCUAUGAUGGGCGGUUACGGUGCGCCGAUCAUCUUCGGGGGCCUUUGGGGCAUAAUAACAGCGUUGGUGAUCGUAGUCGAGCGAGUUUGGAAGCGCUGGUCAGACCGGUCACAGCAAGCUCUGGUACCUCUAUACGUCGCCGUACCAACGAGCGCCUUUAAGGUCGGAAAGCAAGCCGCGUAUGCUGCGGUCUUCUAUUCGAUGUGUGCGGCGGCAUACGUGGUAUACCGUUUCAAAAGUUGGCAGCAGGGACGCGGGACCGAGAAGCUGAAGAAAGACUAG